AUGGAAAGAGGAUUCCUACCGCUUAAUAAAAAGGAAUAUGAGAAUUUACCAGGUGAAAAACGAUCAAGUUAUGCCUGCCAAUGGUUGCAAAAUUUACAUCAAUGGCUUAUAGCAGCACCCAAGGCUAAUAUCAAGCCUAAACAGAAAGAGAUUGUCGAAACUUUGCAAUCUCUAUUUACUGAACCUGUUGGUCAACCUGUUCUUCAUUUACUUGGUAAAUGUUUGGCAACAGUUUACAGUGUUGGAGAUACAUCUCGAUUAUUAGAGUCGAUCAAUUACUGUGUCGAUAUUAUGCGCCUAAAAGAUGAUUCAACUAAUAUCCUUGGUAGUAAAUUAGCAGCAGUGAUUUGUAUUGGAUGUUUAUAUGAGAAAAUGGGCAAAAUGUUUGGAUUCACCCUAAAUGAUGCUGUACAAUCUCUACUUCGAUACUUGAAAGUAGCAGAGGCGGAAGGUCGUCGUGAAGUUAUGGUUGCAUUAGAAAAAAUUUUAUCCGAUCUGGGGGCUUCAGCAUCUUCCGUGUAUAAAGAUAUUUAUAAAGCUAUUAAAUAUUAUGCUUGUGAUCGUGCAUUAAUUGUACGUGCCGCAAGUAUAAACGUGGCCAUUGCUAUGGCAAAGGAAGCUCCGUUCUUAUAUACUACAGAGCUAGAUAAUAUGGUAUCGUUAUGCUUUCGUGUUCUAGAAGGUUCAAAUUAUGAUGUGCGCUGUGCAGUUGCGGAAUUAUUAGGCCAACUUGCUGCCAUGACUCAGCAUAUGGCUCCUAUCCGCAGUGUUUCUACCAAAACUAAGCGUGCUUCGUUGGAUGAUGUACUAAAUUUGCUGUCUGCUGGCUUUAUGAAAACUGGAACUGGUUUUCUAAAAAGCGGCAGUAGUGAAUCACUAAAGGGUAAUACAGCUUCAGAAGUUCGUGUGGGUGUUGCUCAGGGUUAUGUAGCCUUCUUUAAACUAAUGGGUAGAAGAUGGAUUGAGCAAAAUAUGUCAAAAAUAAUUAAUCAUGUCAUAGAAAUUGUAUCUAUGCCGAAGGCUGCAUCUAGUCAUGUUCAGGCUGUAUAUCUUAGGCAAUGCAUCCUUUUCAUACUCAGAAAUGUACUUAAUAAAAUGCUUGGAGAGUCCUCUCAGUUGGUAGCUGUUAGGGAGCUGUUUAAUAUCAUUUUCAAGAAAGCAAAUUCUGCUCUAUCGCUUAGCGAUAGUGAUAGUGGUUCCGAAUUUAUUGGCCUUUCGCAUGUUCUUGUGUGCGGCUUGCUUGAGGUUGGGAAUUUAAUCCAAUCCUUAGGCACUAUCUCGAAUCCGUUCUUAACGGAAAGUACCAAUACUGGUAGUAAUACUGUCUUAGAAUCAAUAAGCUCUGUAAUGCUAUUACCAAAUGCUGGUGCACGUCUCGCUGCUGCUUGGUGCUUGCGUUGUAUUGCUAUUGCUUCCCCUUCGCAAUUGACUCCUUUGUUGGAUUGGUCCAUGACGAAAUUGAAAGAACUUAAAUCAUCACCAGAAGCUGUCAUUGGUUAUGCUCAUAUUUUAGCUGCUCUUGUAGGUGCAGUAUCACACUGUCCAUUAGGUAUCCCUUCAGCGAAAGGCCGUGACGUAUUUUUAUUAGCAAAAGAUCUACUAACAACUCAGAAUAAUGAAAAUAUCCAUCAACGAUUACUAGGUGGAUGGGCAAUUGUUGGCGCACUUAUGACUUUGGGUACUCCGUUUAUUAGAUUGCAUUUGUCUGAUCUCAUCACAUUAUGGUCCAAAGCUUUCCCUAAAUCUGAUAAAGAAGCGGAGGAAGAAAAGAGUCGUGGUAAUGCAGCCAGCUGGUUGAUCAUUUUAGAGAGUAGAGCUGGAGCUUUAUGUGCUAUACGCAACUUUAUUCAUUAUUGUGGAGAUUUAUUCACGGAAACUAUAUCUGGACAACUUAUGGUUGGUAUUGAGUAUGCUGUUACAUCAUUACGCAGCCUUUCAACAUUAGUAAAGAAUUACACUGUACAAAUGAAAGCGGCAACCGCAAUGUUUCGUUUAAGAUUGUACCAAACGCUGCACCUAAUCAAGCCAGUUGUUUAUGAAAGUCUUCUAAGAAUUUUAGCUGAACAGUUGGUGCACGAAUUUACCUUAAGUGACAAUCAUUCCAAUACAACAACAUCUCUAUUGCGUAACAUGUGCCAUAAAGAUGAUACAAUUAUAUUAGGAUAUUGGUUGGCAGAUACCGACAGUAAGGCGGUAGAAGAUCAGUUGCAGCCUAAUAGUGCAUCUGGUUCUGGCGCACUUGAACAUGAUCCAGCCUGUGUAUAUUCAUAUCAAGAAAACACUACAAAUAUGCCAACCCCAGGACCACUACCUUUGGGAGUUGCCGUCAUUGAUUCAGCUAUUACUUUGUUUGGUGUUGUGUUUGUUAACGUUACUGAAAAGCAGCGAGUGCAACUGUUGGAACACUUUUCAACUUGUAUCAAGCAAUCUAAAUCAUCGCGACAACAAGCUGUUCAAAUUAAUAUUUUUACCGCAUUUCUUACAACGCUAAAGGUGCUUUCAGAAGAUAAAAAAGGACUUGGACAAGAAGAUGUCCGCACACCAGCCUAUAACUUGAUUAUGUCCACCUUAGUAAAUCCAGAUUCGCUGUUGCGAUGCGCUGCUGGAGAAGCUCUUGGUCGUAUGGCACAGGUUGUCGGUUUUCCAGCAUUUGUGGCUCAAACGGCUCAAAAUUGCUUCGAUAAUUUGAAAUCUACUCGAAACGGAAUAUCUAGGACGGGUCAUUCACUUGCUCUUGGUUGCUUACAUAGAUAUGUUGGUGGUAUGGGAUCAGGGCAUCACUUGAAAACAAGCAUAAGUAUCCUGACAGCACUAGCACAAGAUACCUCAUCAACUUUAGUUCAGGUAUGGGCUUUACAUGCAUUAGCAUUGAUUGCUGAUUCUGGAGGACCAAUGUUUCGGUCGUAUGUCGAACCAACGUUAAACAUGGUCAGAUUGUUAUUGCUGUCAACUUCUUUAGCUGAUGUUGAAGUUUAUCAGUGUCUGGGAAAAUGUUUAGCAGCUAUGAUAACAACUGUUGGCCCAGAGUUGCAAGAUACGUCAUCUAGCAUAACCAAAGUUAGAGAUGCCUGCUUUGCAGGAUGUGUAAUUAUGCAGGAGCAUCCACAUGCUCUUGUAAAAUUUGAAGCUAUUAACUGUUUUCAACAGUUACACAUGUUCGCAUCAAAACAUGUGGAUUUAGCGUCAUUAGUGCCGCGAUUAUGUUCAACCCUAUCAAGUCCACAUUUACAACUUCGUAGAGCUGCCGUUUCUUGUCUGCGUCAGUUUACGCAACGCGAAGCUCAACAAGUUUGUGUGUAUGCGAAAACUGUUAGCAACACUAUCAAGUCGGAUGAUAAAACUAGUAGUGCCUAUCUUAUUGGUCAGAAGGGCUUGGAAGGUGUUCUAUUUGGGAUGUUAGACAAUGAAUUUGAUCCACAGUUAAUUACAGAUAUAAAAGACAUUCUUGUUAGUAUUCUUAUAACCCUUGCCCCAACCAAUCUAUCACAUUGGUUGUACCUUUGUCGUGAUAUACUAUCGGCUAGCGGCAAUGCUCCCUUAGCAUCGAAAUUAUCUAAUCAGGAUAAUGAUGAUGAUGAUGAUGGCGAAGGCACGACAGAUGAUGCCAAAUUUGCAGUUUCGUCAGAGCCUGAAAGUCAUGCUGCAGUGGCGCCAAGGUGGCCUACUAGAGUUUUUGCACUUGAAUGUACACGUAAAAUAAUGGAUACAUGUGCAGAAAUUACAGAACACUUAGAUAUGACUUUAGCGCAUCAAAUGAAACAAGAGAAAAGAAGCGUUGACUAUUUAGUAAUGCAUAUCUCAACGUUGAUUCGGAUAUCGUUCAUUGCUGCAACUUCUAAUGCAGAUCAACUUCGUUUGGCAGGCUUAGAUAGUUUACAGGAAGUCAUUCGGAUUUUUGCCACAAUCCCUGACGUGGAAUUUCCCGGUCAUGUCAUUUUAGAGCAAUAUCAAGCUCAAGUUGGUGCUGCUUUAAGACCAGCUUUUUCAUCGGAUACUCCACCGGAUGUCACUGCUAUGGCAUGCGAGGUUUGUAGUUCAUGGUUGGGGAGCGGUGUUCUGCGUGAUGUCAAUGAUUUGCGUAGGGUACAACAACUACUAGUUGCUUCCUUAGGCAAAUUAAGAUUCAUUAAAGAUGAUUCUGGACAAACGUAUAGUGAAAGUGCCUCAACAAUGGAAAAACUUGCUGUCUUAAAUGCUUGGGCUGAGGUGUAUAUAAUCGCAAUGAGACAGGAAUCGAUUGACGCCGAUGGUGAGGGGUUUUCUGCCAACUCUGAUGCUAAUUUAUCGGGGGAGCCAAGUUUAAUUCAUCUUGUUCAACCAGAUUUAAUUACGUUAAGCAAAAAUUGGUUAGCUGUCCUUCGUGAUUGUGCUUUACUGUCAUUACCUUCUCAAUUGUUGAUGCACCUCCCCUCUUCAGGCGGUGUUUUCUUCAACCUGUCUAGUAUGGAAGCCACACGCCCUCACUAUAGGAGAGCAUGGCCACCAAUACUACAUGCUACAGCGCUAUGGCUAAAUAAUGGAGGUUUUCAUAAUUUAGAAAAGGAACCAGAGAUAUUUACUGCUGUUUUAAAUAUUAGAGGAGACGCCGCUGAUCCUAAAAAAUUUAAAAACGAUCAAUUUAAUUUACUAUUUGGUUUAUGUAUCGAGGCACUUUGCUCAGCUAAGACAGUUCAAGAUCCCCGCACUGUAGCGGCUUGUUUGAAUGCAAUAUAUAAUCUAUUAGAUUCAAAAUGGACAAGGGAGGUGGUGACACAGGAUGUCAUGCUUGUAAUCGAAUUACUCAAUGUAAUACAUAGAUUACUACUAAUGAGAGAGAACUUAGGGACACAAGUAUUAGUUUUAGAGGUUGUAACUCAAACUGUUAAGUCCGUUAGAGAGAAAUUAGAACGUGAGAAGUCAUUAGCUAACAGCAAGGAUAGUCUUGGUGAAGGUGGAGAUACUGGAGAUAUUUUACCUGGAAGAAAUGUUGCCUAUGCUAUUAUGGAGGCUUGUGUUUGUGUUUUAUUGCGCCAGAUACCAAGUCUUAAUCCUCCUGACGGUACGCCUAACUCGGCAGUUUCCCAACAAUAUCAAAGUAAACCUUCGGUACUAACUGAAAAUGGAACGAAAUUAGUUUGCGUUGCCAUUGGAAUACUUGCUUCCAUACCAGAUAUUUGUUCUCCAGCGGGUAGUUUGACUGUAUUACCGACGAUUCUUUAUCUUACAAUUGGCGCUUUAACUGAAAGUGGCUGCGGUCGAGUUAUAACUCCAGAUCUGAUCGUUAGUUCAGUUCUACAAGCGUUAUGUCGUCUAUUUUCCUCGUAUCAUCUACAAGAUGUAGAAAUCGGUGACGAAUGGAUUAGAUUAUUUCAAAGUUCUUUAGCUACGUUACUUCACGUGACAAAUAAACAGAAUCAUGGACAGGUAAUGGCUGGCUUAAGUAAUAACAAUCUAUUGCAGUGUUUAGCAACCUUCAUUCUAUAUGGGCCUAAAGCGGUAACUUUAACAGAAUCUCUGCAUAAAGAUUGUACUUCUGUAUUUGAGACAUCACUGAAACAAUCCGAUCCUCAGACUAAAUUGCAAUGCUUGCAAGUUUUAUCGAAGAUUUUUCAAUGUACUGAUGAAGAAAUUGCGGUUCCUUACAUCAGGAUUUUAGCUCCUCAUGUAAUUAUGAUUAUCCAUGAGUCAAAGAACCAGAAACUUCAGAAUGAGUUGCAGUUGAAGGUCUGUUCCGAGGCCAUUAUCAUAUUUAUUCAACUGCUUGAACAAACGGAUGAAAUUUCCAGAUCUCAUCUGCUAGUCUUGCUGAUCCCAGUACUGAUCGACUGCUUGCUGGAUGCCAAUGAAUUCUCGAAAGCUACGAGUGCAGCCGUAAGUCUACAUGACUAUUCUCUGUCACAAUUAAUGAAUAUUGGUCCGAAACACCCGCAAGCCUUUAAAGCCAUUAUGGCUAAUUCACCCAAUUUAAAGCAACGCCUGGAAUCCGCGAUCAAGCACAAACAAAGUAGGACAGCUAAAAAACAAUCAACUGCGACUGCUAGAGCGUCUCCUAUUUCAACUACACCGACAAUACAAUUAAAGAUGGAUUUUAGUAACUUUAAAGGAAAGUAA